AUGAAAUUGAAUUCAGAAGUUUCAGUUCUCUGUUUCCUCAUCGCCUCUGUCUCUGCUGGAAGAAUUCUCGACCUCACCUCGCAUACCAGGUCCGUGGCUUCAGUUCUUCCUUCUUCGGGAACUUCAGUGAGUGGCGCCUGCGAGGGGAACACAGCCAGCACACGCGACCAGUGGUGCGAUUACAGCAUCAAUACCGAUUAUACGACGGUCGUUCCAACCACAAAUGUGACUCGCGAAUACUGGUUCAAUCUCGAACGCGUGACCGUUGCACCAGAUGGCCGAUCAAGAAAAGCAAUUGCGAUAAAUGGCUCCAUUCCCGGUCCUACAAUUGAAGCAAAUUGGGGUGAUGAGGUCGUGAUACAUCUCACCAACAGUCUCCCCAAUGACCUGCAAAAUGGAACCAGCAUCCACUUCCAUGGAAUCCGACAGUUCUGGACCAACCAAAACGACGGUGUUGUGUCAAUUACACAGUGUCCGACUGCACCAAAUAACACAAUCACCUACAGAUGGCGUGCCAUGCAAUACGGCACAACCUGGUACCAUUCUCACAUAGGCUUACAGGCUUGGGAGGGAUUAUUCGGUGGGAUUGUGAUUCAUGGCCCGGCCAGUGCUAACUACGACGAGGACAAAGGCGUUCUCAUCAUGAACGAUUGGGAUAUCAACACUGUGGAUGAGCUUUUCAUGACUGCCCAGAAAGAUGGUCCUCCCACGCUUGAUAACGCUCUGAUCAACGGAACCAACGUAUUUGGAUCGGAUUAUUCAACCAACCAAACCGGGACUCGUUUCAACACUUCCUUCGCCGAGGGAACAUCCUAUCGGCUUCGUCUGGUCAACGCUGCGUGCGACACUCACUUCAAAUUCUCCAUCGACAAUCACACCCUGACAGUCAUCGCAAAUGACCUUGUCCCAAUAACACCCUAUAAGACGAAUGUUCUGAACCUUGCUAUGGGGCAACGAUACGACGUCAUCGUCAGCGCCGACAAGGCAUCGAUCGCGAAGAAUUUCUGGAUGAGGGCUAUUCCUCAGACCGCCUGUUCCGAAAAUAAAUCACCCAAGAAUAUCAAGGGAAUCAUAUACUAUGGUGAUGAACCUGCGAAUCCUACUACCACCGGUCAUAGUUAUACCGACAGCUGUUCCGACGAGAAUAUGGCGGAUCUGUCUCCGAUUGUCUCCGAAAGUGUCUCUUCGAGUCCUUAUUAUAACAGCUCGGAGCCCGUCUCGCUUGGCAAGAACGGAGGUAGCCUCUACCGAUGGAAACUCAAUUCAACCUCCAUGCAUGUUGACUGGACAGACCCGACUCUGCUAGAGGUCUAUCGGGGUCACCACUCAUGGGCCAACACCAGCGGGGUGAUAGAACUUCCCCACAAGAACGUGUGGACCUAUGUUGUCAUUGAAACCACUCUCUCUGUGCCUCAUCCAAUCCAUUUACACGGGCAUGACUUCGUAAUCGUGGCCCAAGGCACUGGAACAUAUGAUGGCGAAAUUACUACUCUUGCCAGACCACCAAAGCGUGACACCGCUAUGUUACCCGAAAAUGGUUACCUGGUUAUCGCCUUCAAGACAGAUAAUCCAGGGGCGUGGCUCAUGCAUUGCCAUAUUGGCUGGCAUACUGAGGAGGGCUUUGCGAUCCAGUUCAUCGAGCGCUAUAAUGAGAUCAAGCCUCUUAUCGAAUACAAAAACUUGCAUCAGAACUGCGAUACCUGGAGUACUUACGAGAAUAAGUAUAUCGUUGCCCAGGAUGACUCAGGCAUUUAA